GGUCCAUUCCAUUUUGUCUGUGGUUUAAUUCUCCUUGCUUGCGUUAGCACUAGGAGGAAGAAACUUCGAUCCUGGCGUUACUAGGAUAAUUUUCCAGGUUGAUUUGCUACAGUACAAAAGUACUGUAACGACUUGGCGCGGACAAGGACUGCUGGAGGGGACGAAAAUGAUGCAUCAGCAAUCCAUGAUGGUUGGAGAUAUGAUACCCGUACAUUCUGAAAUACCCGUGCAUACUGAAGAAAUGAAUAACGUUGGGUACGACAACAGUAACUCGUCGUACGCUUAUGAUGACCUGUUUCCGGCUUUGCCGCAUUCGCAGCCACCUGUUCAGCGUAACAUUCAACAAGUAACUAAUAAACUGCGUGUCGGCUCUUCGCUUCAUACUCAGGUUUUCCAUGUGCCAUACGAAGAAAGAAAACUCGACAAUGCUAAUACUUUUGGUGAAGGUGAAUCUUUGAGAACUUGUCAGUCAAUAACUAAGGAUACAGGAGCUCAUAUUGAAAUAUCUACAAGCAAAGACGGAAGUUUAACUUUUUUGAUUACUGGAAAGCAUAGUGCUGUUCUUGAUGCAAGGCGACUUAUUUUGACUCAUUUUCAACAGCAGGCAAGCAAGCAAAUUACGAUCCCAAAGGAACACCACCGUUGGAUUUUGGGUAAACAAGGCCAAAAACUAAAGGAGCUCGAAAAGGUUACUGCCACAAAGAUUAGUGUACCUGGCAUAGCUGACAAUAGUGAAAUUAUUACGAUUACUGGUACCAAGGAAGGCAUUGAAAAGGCUGAACAUGAAAUUCGGAUUUGCUCCGAAGAACAGUCGCGGAAAGCUUUCGAGCGUGUCACUGUGCCUAAGAUCUACCACCCGUUCAUCCUCGGCCCGUUCGGUGAGCGCGCGGCCGCUCUCAGCGCGGAGACCGGCGCUCGCAUACACAUUCCACCGACGUCUACACAGAGCGAUGAUAUCGUUAUUGCCGGAGAAAAGAAUGGAGUUUUAGCUGCUAAAGCUCAAAUCGAACAGAUUUACGAGGAAAUGGCGAAAAAAUGCUCGACUGUCCGUGUCGAAGUACCGAAAUCUCAACAUAAGUACGUUAUUGGAGCUCGAGGAAAUACCAUUCAGGAAAUAUUGAAAGAAACUGGAGUCUCAGUCGAAAUGCCGCCACCAGACUCGCCAACUGGCACUAUUACUCUUCAUGGUCCACAUAAUAAAAUUGGUCUUGCUCUGUCCAAGGUUUGUGAAAAAGCUAACUCUGUUAAAACGGCUACUGUUGAUGCUCCAACAUGGAUCCAUAAGUACAUUAUUGGGAAAAAUGGCUCUAAUAUUAAGAAGAUCACCCAAGAAUUUUCAAAGGUACAUGUUGAUAUAACACAUUCUGAAGAUAAAGUUAAAAUAGAUGGACCACCAGAAGAAGUAGAACGUGCUCAAGUGGAGUUGGACAGUUUUGUUAAGAAUUUGCUGGCAACACUUACAUACGUUGAGUUAACCGUUGAUCCUAAAUUCUUUAAACAUAUUAUUGGCAAAAACGGUUCCAAUAUUAACAGACUGAAGGAUGAGACUGGUGUAGUGAUAAAUAUUAUUGAUAAUGAAGGAAAUAAUGUCAUUCGUAUUGAAGGCAGUCACCAAGGUGUUGCUGAUGCAGAGAGAGAAUUAAGGGAAAUGGUUAUGAAGCUUGAAAACGAAAGAACUAAAGAAGUAUUUGUCGACCAUAGGUAUAUAAAAUCAUUAAUAGGAGUAAGAGGGGAUAAAAUUAAAGAAAUUCGUGAAAAGUUUGAUCGCGUACUGAUAACACUACCUGACCAAGGUCAAAAAAGAAGCCCAAUCAAACUAAGAGGUCCUCAGGAAGAUAUUGAAAAGUGUGAAAAAUACCUGCACAAGUUAAUGAAAGAGAUUGCUGAGUCAUCCUAUGUCCAAGAAGUGCCUAUUUUCAAACAAUUUCAUAAGUUUAUUAUUGGUAAAGGUGGUGCUAAUUUAAGAAAGAUUAGAGAUGAAACUCAAACAGCUAUCGACCUUCCAGCAGAAGGAGAUGAUAGUGAUGUCAUUACUGUACGGGGUAAAAGGGAAAAUGUGGAGGAAGCUGUUAGAAGAAUACAGCAAAUUCACAACGAAAAAGCGAAUAUUGUGACUGAGGAAGUCACGAUUGCGCCUAAGUACUAUAAUUCCCUAAUUGGGGCAGGUGGGAAACUGAUUCAUUCCAUUAUGGAGGAGUGUGGUGGUGUACUUAUUAAGUUUCCUCCAGCUGAUAGCGAAAGUGAUAAGGUUUUGAUUAAGGGACCCGUAGAAGAUGUGGAAAAAGCCAAGCAGCAGUUGUUGGCGCACGCAAGUGAACGCGAGCUAACUUCGCACACUGCACACGUGCGUGCUAAACCAGAGCAUCACAAGUUCCUUAUAGGGAAGAAUGGUGCUAAUAUUAAAAAGAUUCGAGAGCAGACCGGCGCUCGUAUUGUGUUCCCAACAGAAAAAGAUGAAGAUAAAGAAGCUAUUUUCAUUAUUGGACGCGAGGAACAAGUAGAAGCUGCCCGUAAACAGCUCGAAGCGGCCGUGGCGGAAAUCAGCAACGUUUCCGAAGGCGAGAUGUCAGUGGACCCUCGCCAUCAUCGUCACUUCGUGGCGCGUCGCGGCGAGGUUCUACGACGUAUCGCGGAAGAUUGCGGCGGCGUGCAGAUAUCCUUCCCGCGCCAGGGCGUUAGCAGCGACCGCGUCGUACUCAAGGGGCCCAAAGAGUGCAUUGAAGCGGCUAAGGCGCGCAUCAAUGAAAUCAUCGAAGACUUGGAAGCAAAGGUUACCAUUGAGUGUGUUAUUCCGCAAAGACAUCACCGUACAGUAAUGGGAGCACGCGGUGCCAAAGUUAAAGACAUCACAGCAGAAUUCGAUGUACAAAUCAAGUUUCCAGAGCGCGAUCCUACAGAAGGGGCUGAUAUUCCUAUCAAAAAUGAAGAAAAUUCCGAACCUGGCGUGAAUGAUAUUAUCAGAAUAACAGGUCGCCCAGAAAACUGUGAAGCAGCUAAAAAAGCUCUCCUCGAUCAGGUGCCAAUUACAAUUGAUGUUGAAGUACCAAAUGAACUACAUAGACUACUUGCGGGCCAAAAGAGAAGAGAAUUGAUGCAAACCUAUGAUGUACAUAUUUUAAUGCCUCCCAAUGAGGAAAACAGUGAUAUUGUAAAGGUAACUGGAACACCAACUAACGUUGAAAAAGCGAAACUAGCAAUUGCUGACAAAAUAGUAGAAAUGGAGAAAGAAAAAGAAGAUAGACUCUUGAGGUCAUUCGAAUUAAAAUUCAAAGUAGAUCCUGAAUAUCAUCCUUUGGUUAUUGGUAAAGGUGGUUCCGUGAUUACAAAAAUUCGCACUGAUUAUGGAGUACAAAUCAACUUACCAAAACGAGGUGAACCAGAUGAUGACAUUAUUACCAUACAGGGAUAUGAAGAUAAAGCUUUGCAAGCUAAAGAAGCAAUUAUGGCCAUUGUACACCAACUUGAUAACCAAUAUCGUGAUGAAGUGGAAAUUGAUCCCCGAGUGCACAGAAGGCUUAUUGGUCUGCGGGGCAAGAACAUCCGUCGUAUUAUGGAUGAGUAUAAAGUUGACAUUAGGUUUCCUAAACAAGGCGACGACAGCAUUGUCGUGAUAACUGGCGACGAGGACAAUGUUCUGGACGCCAAGGAUCGUCUUUUAAAUCUAGCUGAAGAAUAUUUGCAAGACGUAGUAGAUCGGUACCAGAGACCGGCGGCGCCUUCUCUGGCCGAUUUCGGGGAUGUGUUGACAGCUAGUGAGAGUGCGACCGGCGGCGCGCAGCCGCCGUCCACCGGCUUCGUGGUGAAGGGCGGGCCGUGGGAGCAGCGCGCGCCCGACACAGCGUCGACACACGAGUUCCCAACCAUGCCCGGAGCGCCGCGCGCCGCCGCCCCCAGCGCCGCGCCGGCCGCCGCCUGGGGCCCGCGCCGCUAAGUCUUCCGACUGCGCCCCCCGACCCACUUUUAUAUAAUUAAGUACAAUGAGAUGCCGAUUAUGGCCACCGGUAGUGCGAGCGGUCGUAAAUCGACUUGGCCCUUUUAAAAUGAAGUAGCUUCUAAUGACACACCGAUCAUAGCCGCCGGUAGUGAAGUGUCGAUCGACUCGGCUCCUUUUGACGUACGGUUGUUCGUGUGUUUGUACUUAUGCAUCUUUGAUUUAUUUGACGUGUCAGUCAUCUGAGCGACACGCGUUCUAAUCAUGAUGUGCUGUGCACUGAAUUAAAAGUAAUGACAUUUUUGAUGCAGAGAUGUAUUAUUUUGCAUUUAGAAGAUAUGUAUAUUUAACUUGCUUGUGUGUGCAUAAAAAUGCACUUGUCUAUACCUCUAGACGCAACACGUAAUUAUUACACAAAACACACAUAGUUGCGUGGAAUGAUGACUUGUGGCCAUUAUCUUUGUUUGAUUGUGGUGCAUAAUUGCCACCGGUGGCUAGACUCUGUGACUCAUUUGUAUAAAGCCUUAUAAAGAGCAGUAAUUAUUUGCCUGCUAAUCUUAGAACUGAAUGAUAUUUUAACUAAAUAAUAUCAGUUUUUGUUUGAGAACAAUAACGCUAGUUGCUCAUGCAUACAUUUUUAAGUAGAUAUCAAAUCAUCGGGAGGGCUGGCGAUGAUUAUACACACUAUAGAUGUAUAACAUUCACAUAUUAUUGUUAUUGAUGGAUUAAUUUUGCUUAAUCAAUUAUAAUAUACCCUCAAUUUGAUAGACUUGCGAAUAACUAUUUUGUUCAGAGGACCGUUAAGACACAAUAUUUUGUCUAAAUGAUGUAAGUGUUUAACUAUUUCAUUCCUCGUCCAAUUUACAUAAAAAGGGUUUUAAAAUUA